CCCCCAAAUUCUCCGUACAAAUCACAAACCAAUUGUUCUUGUUUUUAAUUUUCUAGAUGUCUGAUUCAUUUAUGAUUGAUGGGUUUUUCUCAAAACUCUCAGAGGAUCUUGUUCUCAACAUAUUUUUCAAGUUAGAAGAUGACCCAAGAAACUGGGCACGUUUAUCUUGUGUUUCCACAAAAUUCACUUCAAUAAUUCACAACAUCUGUUACAAAUCAAAAUGUUCUUUAACUAUUCCUUCAGUUGUAUCUGAUCUCCUUAAUACUGCUACCAACUCUUCUUCUAUGGUUCCACUAGGUGGUUGGUCAUCACUUUACAAAUUAGCUGUAUGUUGUCCAGGUUUACAUCAAGCUGGUGUGCUGCUUGAGAAUUCUGAUUUUGGGCUUGAAAGGGAACUUGGCCCAGAUGAGAAUUACCCGGAUCGGGUCUUGACCCGACCCGAUAGUGUUUUACAGUCUGCUUCGUCGAGUAAUAAUGGUAGAGGUGAUGCUAGUGAAGUAGUGGCUGCUGAUUGUGGUUGGUCUUUGUUUGAUGAUCUUAUGUUUGAUACUGUUUAUGAUGUUUCUGAAUCAACAACCUUAAAUCAGGUUGAAGUUGUGGAAGAACCCCCAAAUGUAGUGGUCAGCCCAGCAAGGGUUUCGAAGAGGCGAAGAAUUUAUAGAUCACCUUGUUCUCAUUUGGCUUCUGGGGUGUGGAAUUUGAGCCGUGAGCAGGGGAAUAAGCUAUUAGCGAGUAGGUUUAAAGGGGAUUGCUUGUACAUAUGUGAUUGGCCUGGUUGUAUUCACAUUGAGGAGAAGAGGAAUUACAUGCUAUUUCGAGGGAUCUUCAAGAAUUUCAAGCAGUCAAGAGUUUGGAGGACGAUUAAUGAUGGUAAUAGGAAGAAGAUUGAUCUUAAUUGCGCGUUUUGCUCGUCGAAACAGACGUGGGAUCUGCAUUCGGCGUUCUGUUUGAGGAGGUAUUUUGGGUACCAUGAUGAUGGAGAACCAGUUGUUCGAGCUUAUGUCUGCGAGAAUGGCCAUGUUUCUGGAGCAUGGACUGAUUGGCCAUUGUAUACUUGACUUGAUUCUGAACCAAUUAUGGGCUAUUUGUGUUGCAUGAGCUGAUAGUUUGGUAAUUUGGGAGUGGCAUUUGGUUAUUUUUUGCCAUUUUAUGCUGGUUGAUUUAUUUGGGUUUUAUGUAUGUUGUGAUUGCUUACAAUUGGUAUUUGCCAUAUUUGCAUUAUAGAGUUUAGUAGAUGGAGUAUUUAUAUUUGUAUUGAGUUUCUCUUCAUUUGAUUCAUCUACUUAUAGCGAAUGUGUGAAUCUCGUUGAA